UGUGUCGUCGCUACGUUGAUGCUUGCAACGAAUUCAUUGACGCAGCGAUGUUGCGAAAGUAAUUACUGUCAUUGUUAGUGGGAUUUUAUCUGCCGAGAUCGAGUACCGAAUGUUGUAUAUACUCGUUGGCGAGGUUAAUAGGUGAGGCAUUAAGUGAAUAUCGGUAUCAGAAUGCAGUUGCAUUGGUCGGACCUCUCUUUCUCUCUCUCUCUCUCUCUCUCUCUCUCUCUCUUUCUCUCUACUCGGGGAAUGAUAAACGGCCCUUGCCGAGAUAUUCGUGAAAGCUUGUUCAGUGUUCAUUCACAUUCUUCUCGGAAUACAACAAUUAGUUUGAUUCAAGUCCUGUUCGGGUUAAUAAAUUUUGGCGAUACAAGACCGGUCGAACGUACAGCGAGGUUGACACGAUUUUUUAAUAUUACGCAACGGCUUAAUUGUUUGCUCCGUGAAUAGCCUGACACCGUUAGCCGCGAGUUUGCGAUACGAUCGUUAAAUUAUUGCCACUGGGAAUCGAUUUGGUGAAACGCUUCCUUGUUUCACUUUUAAUGCUUUCACCGCGAAUUUUCUGCGAUCCUCGAAUUUUUCCGACGGUCCCGCAGAGGUUGAGAAAGUUUGAACUUGAACUUAGAGGGAAUCGUCCGGCGAGAGAGCAUCGCGAUGCUCUCAGUGGUGGUUGACCGUCCCUCGCGCGGAAGUGGUAGGUUCCACGCGUUGUUGCUUUUAUUGGACUUUCCGGUGUUUGUGCGGCGCUCAAGUUACUUCGGUGUUAACGUCAGGGUGACUAUCUGGUUAACGCCGGCUCGCUCUGCUCUUUCCCACAUUUAUAAACGACGUGUAAAACGCUUUCGCGCGGCUCAAGCCAAUUUGCUGCACUUUUAAUUAAAACGAUCAUCACACCGUCUCUCUACGAGGAAUUAAUGACAAAUAUUUUUAAAUCCAGCAUCGAUCACUGUCUCAAUCGUUCUAUGUGACGUUAUAUUAAUUAUCGUAUCAACCGUUACGACAGUCAUAAGGAGUAUUGCGUGCGGUGCGAAUGGGAUAAUUGAACCGAGAUGAAAUCGUUGAGAUUGAUUGUGCAAGGGAACGAUUAGCCGCGUAAGAGAAUAGGUAAACACUGACCAUUGUGUGCGUUUGGCUUUGAAACGUGGGAACGAGCCAACUGUUUAACUCGAACGAUUGCCUACCGGCACGGCAGGCUGAGCGCUAGACUCUGUCCACGCGAAGCUCAUAAAUGAAGCUGGAAUUGAACGAUCGGGCACAUACAGCGGGCAUAACGCGCGCAUUUUCAGUCGACGGGUGAAAGUGAUUCCGUGCACGAAAAGAGUUGACAAGAUAAAUUACGUUCGCGUCAUUAACGCGCUUAUUGAUACCUGGCCGAAGCAGAUUUUCUGAUCGUAUCUCGAUUAGGAAUGGCAAUUUUUAUUGAUAUCGAAUUGAAUGCGUGAUUGCAACGAACGGGCGGCACAUUUUCUUUCGGCGUCAUUCGAGAAUACAGAUUGACAGCCUCAAAGAAAUGACUCACGUACGCUCUUAUCUUCCGUGUACAUCGCCUCUAAACGUGCUCGCAACGAGUUUAAAUGCUUUCCGUAACGCGAUUGAUACGAGUUCGGCCACGCGUUCUUCCCAUCGGUUGUAAAUAUUUGAAGAGCUCUUGAAAUAAAGACGAAUUUAAAAUUGAUAAAAAAGCACGUUGUCGUUUCUAAGCGUCGAACAAAUGUCUUGCACACGUGUAAGAAGUUCCCUUGGGAAAUCGCAGGUGAACGCCUACGCGAGAAGACGAUCCUGAAACGCGCCUCGUGUUUGCUGUUCAACUACUAUUUAUUAAAGAGCGAAAUACAAGCGGAAGCUUGUUCGUAACGAACCGAUGCCGAAGGUGUUACCAAGUUUCGAAGAAAGGUGAUCAAAUCUCGAACGGAUUGACACACGUUGUAUAAAUAGAGACUGUCGUCACGCGUUUCACAAAAAUAUAGCUGUAUUAAGAGGCGUAUGGAAAUGACUUGUCUCGAUCUCGAGGAGGUCGUUUGAACGAACGCUCUUGCGAAACUCGUGCUAGUUCGUACCAAGAUUUGUAAUACCAUCUCUCGUACUGAAACUCGUUCCGUUUCGAAAACGCGCGAUAUCAUUCAAGUUUAACAUCUUUCUUACGGUACAAGCGGCUCGAGCGCUGAGAUCGGCCUCGCGUUAAUUAUCGCGAAUCAUACCAUUGAACUAGAAACAAUGCCGACGCCUAAUAUGUAUAUCUGACGAGCACGAUGAGCGAAGCGAGCAUAGCAGCAUGAACCACGUUCAAGGUGCAGAUCAUGGGAUGACGUAGGACCGACUAAAAUGGAAACCGUCGGGCAAACGCACAGACAACAUCCCUCCUUAGAGGCGACUAGAUCAAACACCUCGACGCAGUCGGCUAGAAGCGAGGACUCUUGGUGCUCGGCGUCGGACCACGAUCUUUCCUCGGACGAUGAGAGCGAGAAGAGUAAUAUCAGUAUUAAAAGUAAUUGCCAAUUGAGGAACACGUUGCACAAGGCAAGGACGCUGUGCGACAAGUGGAGGUCGCAAAAUAUGCGAGUGAACAAUGCCGACCCGUUGGACACGCCCGGGAACCAUGGCAGGCUGUCCAGAUGGUUUAGCAUGCGGAGAGGAUCGACGCAGCAAUACGACGUCGAUUCUUCCGACACAGUGUCCCUUACUAGCCCUAUCAAAACACCCCAGAUGCCGCAGCUCUGCGAAGUCGAGGAGGAGAACAGCGCGAUGGUGCAAUUCCAGUGCAUGCAGCAACGCAGGCAAACCCCGCCGGCUCUCCCCCCGGUACCUCCCAAUUUGACUCCCCAACAGCUGAAGCGUCGACACAUAGUAGCCGCUAUAGUGCACUCUGAGAACAGUUACGUGUCCACGUUGCAGAGGCUAGUGAACGAUUACAAGAAACCGUUGGAAGAGUCCUCGCCGCCUAUAUUGAGUCAGGCGAAAAUAGCUACGUUGUUUCAUAGAUUACCCGAGAUUCUGCAAUGCCACACGUUGUUUAGAAUCGCGUUAGCAGAAUGCGUACGAUCAUGGGACAAGGACGAAAAGUUAGGAGACGUGUUUGUAGCAAGUUUCAGCAAAGCUAUCGUUCUUGACAUAUAUAGUGGGUUUAUAAAUAAUUUUUCAGUAGCUAUGGAUUUGGCUAAACAAGAAUCAAAACGAAAGACUGCGCUCGCUGAUUUUUUCAAGGUGAAACAAAUAAGUGCGCACGACAGGUUGUCCUUUUUUGGGCUGAUGGUCAAGCCCGUGCAAAGGUUCCCGCAGUUUAUAUUAUUCUUGCAAGACUUGUUGAAACACACUCCGCAAGGACAUCACGAUAGGAUGUCGUUGCAAUUAGCGUUGACGCAGUUGGAGAGCCUGGCGGAAAUGUUGAACGAGAGGAAACGCGAAACGGAACAAUUCCAAGCUUUCAAAGAGAUGCUUCGACAUGUGUCCGGCAAGUUGUCUCAUCGUCCACUCUCCUCCUCGUCGAGGUAUCUCAUACGAGAGGACAACGUCACACAACUGGAAUUUAAUCAAAACGGUAUGAUAACCAAGUCCAAAAGACGAAGAUUACUGCUGUUGAAUGAUCUCGUGAUGUGCGUUUCGGUGACUCCGAGGUCUGCGGAAGAUUUUAGCGGGAGUGAAAGACUUAGCUUGAAGUGGACGUAUCCCGUGUCAGACAUAGAGAUUCAAGAUACGAGUACUUCACCAACGUUAAGCCGCUUACUCACUGCUGGCUUAAAUAAGGGUGGCAGUUUAAAAUCUGACAAGAGCGGAGAAUGCGGACAGGCGGGUGCAGACAAUUUGUGCGUGGAAAUGAACGACUUGAUGCACGACUACGAGGUCAUGUCUAGGGUAAGCGACUUGAUUGCGCAACUGAAGGGUAAAUAUGAGGGAAUGACGCUGGAGAAAACUAAACAGAUAUUACAAUCCAUACAACUUUCGAUACAACAAAAGGACGAGGACAUGGUUUGGGCGGAUAGUUGCUGUUUGCAAUUAGUGACGAAGCAGGGACAGAUGUACACGUUCCAAACCGAGAAUCCCCUUGUGAAGAAAGACUGGAUAACGGAGCUUAGACUGGCACAGCUAGCCUUAGAUCCAAACAAUUCCCCAUCCUGGGAAGUACCUGAACAAGAACAGAGGCCAUCCACGAAAAUGCCGCUCUUUGUUAGCUCUCAGCCGGUGUAUCAUUCGCAACAUCAGACAGAAGUACGUUGCGGAUGCUAUUACACCACGCAAAAUCCACGUCCAACGAGGCGUCGCGGUAGGAGUCAAAGUUACUUGUGGAUAUGUACCAGCGAUGGAAUAUCGAGUCACGUGACGGUGUUUGGUCAGUCGACGACUGCCUCGGCGACUUGUUUGAAACAGAUGACGGCGUUCGAUCUAGUCGAGACCAAGGUGGCCGCUGUAGAGUACGUGAAGGGCGUCACCUCAGAUCCGCUCUCGUUAGCCGGUGAUCUCGUAUGGAUGGGCACGGAUUCUCGGAAGAUCAUCAUCUACGCCGCCUCGGAACCGGAGAAGCAAGAGGAGCUCGGAAAUUAUUCGGUGUCGGGUCCGGUGAUACAAAUCAAGCAUCACUGCGACAGCGUGUUCAUCGCCUUGGGAAUCGGAUUGCUCUUGCUUUUCAGACGACAAGUAGACGGCACUUGGAACCUCAGGGACCCGUUCUCAAUCUCGUUGGGCACCGAACCGGUCUCCUGCUUGAUGCCGAUCAACGCGUCGGUCUACGCGGCGUGCGGCAAGAAAGUUUGGGUACUUGACGGGGUCAGCGGCGAGAUCACCAAGAGUUUUAGCGCGCAGCACGAACACGUCGGCAGCGUUAAGUUGAUGGCUCAUUCCGGAGUCGGUCUCUGGGUAGCUCUCAAGAAUUCGAGCACUGUCUGCCUGUAUCACACGGAAACAUUCAAGCAUUUGCAAGACAUCAACAUAGCGUCGAAUGUGUUGAGAGUGACCAGAUCAAAUAUCGCCUCGAAUUCGUGUGGCGAUAGUUUGAACAAUAAUCAGACCACCGUCACGGUCACGGCACUGUUGGCGUGCAAGGGCCUCCUCUGGGUAGGCACAAACGUUGGAAUUAGCCUGACGAUCCCGUUACCGCGAUUGGAAGGAGUGCCGAUCAUCAGCGGUCGGGUCAAUAUUUCGUAUCACGCUCAUUUCGGGCCUAUCACUUUCCUUCUCGCUAUUCAGAACCCGAAGAAUACAAUAAACUGCGCGACCGACGAGAUAACCGACGAGGAGACCGUGCAAUUAAGACCAAAGGAAUCGGACAGCGGUAGAACCAGAGAUCGAGCGAGCUUAGAUUCCUCCAUGGCGAACAGCAUAGUGAAAUUGAAGCAACACCUGGCAAGCAGUCCUGUAAUGUUGAGACGGAAGCGUAGCAAAGAGUACGAGUACAGAGGCUCGAAGACGCUCCCCAGGGGUCUUGGUUCCGGUGGGGGAUUUCUGUCCAGUUCAAUGUCCGGAUCGCAAAGUUCCGGGGAGAACUGCGACGUUUAUGGUUUGUACGGGGAGCUGAUGUAUGUCAAGGAUUACGAGAACGAAAACAGUUCCGGUAUCGAUCUGAUCUACGAGCCGUUGAGAAGGAGUGAUCCGGAACUGGCAGCCAUACCAAAUAAAGUUAGCACCUUGCACCGUAGACUGAAAAUGAAGAUUACGAGACCCAGAUCGCUGGACUUGUCGAACUGGUCGGUCGAUUCCCACGCGAGCUCUCUGUACACGUCCUCCGGAUCCGAAGAGAAUCUGUCUUUAAAGACAGGAAAAUUGUCUCGAAACAGUAGCACAGCUAGUCGAAACGGUCCCUACGACACGACCACCCCUAAUAGUAGCAUAGGUCAGCAAUCAGUAACGGAGACCAUACCGUCGCCUAACAAUUUGAAACCAAACAGCAAAAAGAUUAACAAAACAUUGCAACAGAUAGAUCAACCGAAGCGAACCGUUCUGACGUUGAUGGGUGGACGUGGUUAUAUAAAUUGGAGACAGCUGAACGUACAGUCGGUCUCUGACAAAGGUUCCAAGUCUGGCUACACUUUCAAGGAUCCCAACAGCAACGAUGCACACAUCGUGCUGUGGGAGAUGAAAUUAUGAUACUCGGUUGCGCUAGGCUUAUCCUUACGCCUACUACAUCAGUAUGAAUAGAAACGUUAAAAAUGCUUACAAUGGCCGAUCGCAAGGUUCGCAGGAUCGGUAAAUAGGACCAAAAAAAAAGAAAAACGAGAAGAAACUUUUACUGUCGAACUGAUACCCGCUUACAUAUUAAGGAUACUCAAACAAGGAUUUAUUUACAAGCAUUGUUCAAUUAGCACAAUUUUAAGUUGUUCGCAACGAGUGUUCGAUGAGGUAGGAUAGAAACCGCUAGGUUCGUAAUGACAAGUUUCGUAAAAUUUCCUGAAGCGUUCUUAUUCGUCCGCAAUGCAAAGACCUAAUUUUCGUAGCUCUCUAAAACAGCAGAAACAUUGUAUUUUAUUACACACGCUUCCAUUUCCAUCCCGUAGCGCAAUCGAAGAUCUUAUAUUUUUGUUGGUAGAUUAAGUUCGCCGUUUACACUCGUAUAACUUGGUCGCGUAUUUUUCUUGGAACGGUGAGAAGAGAUUUCAUUUAAUAGAGUGAGAAUGGAACGAAUGCACGUUAUACGAGUGUACGCGUUGUCGGAAGAAGGAAUUUAUCUUCAAACAUGUAUUUUAAUAAACAUUGUUAUUUCUAUAGUUACAUUUAAAGCAGUGGUAUUCUCGUAUCAGCACUGUAACAAAAGUUAUAAAUAGUACAGAAUUAUUCUAUUUAAUGUCGAAUCUCUACAUGUCCUGACAAAUGUCACAGAGUACCACUGAUUCUUUUCAAGUUCGAGUCGUCGAGUUCUCGCGUUAACUCGUUGGCGUUCAUGUGAUGACGCACAUGAAUUUGUGAGAUAUAUUAAUAAAAAGAAAGUUAUCUUACACUUUAUACGCAGGACGUUUCGCGUCGUGGCGAAAGACGAUGGGACUUUUUUUUUAAACGUUUUUCGCGUUUUCAUUUCAAAUAUUGUUAAACGAAAAUUUAACUAAUCCCCUGGAUUAUUUUAUAAACGGGGUCGAAAUAAAACGACACAGAGCAGUGCCUGUGAUUUGUUCAUGCGGACGCGUUAACCGCACCUAGCAUGCGUAGAGUCUCUUUGACAAUAUUAUCAUUUUUUUUUUUAUAAUUUUCUUGAUCGAUCGACGAGAUCGAGAAAAGAAGAUCAAAAAGCUUAUACGAAAUCUCGUAUAUUGGCGUCGUUUAGUUUCUGCGAUGAAUGCAAUAAAAAGGUAUGAGAGUGGAGUUAAAAGUUUAAUUUUGAUGCUUUAGCGAAAGAAAUAAGAGGACUUGUAUAUCUCGUAUUGUUAACUUUGCUGGCCGAUGAUGUAGAUCGUCCGGUGUGUUUAAAUAAAGCAUUUUUUUGAGGGUGCGCAAGAUA